AUGGAAAAACUUAAUGUACCAGACAGUGAAAUGUCGCCAUCAAUAACAAAACAAAAUCCUUGGACAUCGCACAAUGACAAAAAAAGACAUGUUUCAAUAACGAAAUCCAAUGUUUUACAUCCACACUCGUCAAUUAGAGCCGAGUCUCCAUCAUCACUAUCAAAUCGUGUCAUUCAUCAACAAGAAGAAGAUCCGAAGUCAAAAGAAUCAUCAGCAGAAGAGAUUCCAUCACUGGUUACAAAUACAAUACAUUCUAUCGGACCGAAUCCUGAAAUGUAA